UUUAAGCUCAGCGUGCGCCUUCGUUUUACUUCCCCUCGCCUUCUUCAUUCAUAUCGAAGGAGAAACGAUUGCUAGCUUCCCCAAGCAAUUCUGCUCUCUCUAGGACGCUAAUCCAUCCAUCAUUUCCUGCCCUAAUUGGCGUUCUCAUUGUUGUUUAGGGAUGGGCAUGGAAUACGAGGACCGAUACAGGCUGCAGGUUCAAGUCCAAGUUCAACACCCAAAAUAUGAAUGCCUUGUAUUUGAUCUUGAUGAUACUCUCUACCCUCUAAGUUGUGGGCUGGCACCAGCUGUUCUGAAGAACAUUCAAGACUAUAUGGUUGAAAAGUUGGGCGUAGAAGAGAGCACAAUCCCUGAUUUGUGCAAUCUGCUGUACAAGAACUAUGGCACCACAAUGGCAGGCCUCAGGGCAAUUGGUUAUGAUUUCGACCACGAUGAAUAUCAUAGUUUUGUCCACGGGAGAUUACCUUACGACAAUUUGAAACCGGAUCCCAUUUUGAGAAGCCUUUUACAAAGCCUGCCCAUCCGCAAAGUUAUCUUCACAAACGCAGAUAAAGCGCACGCCAUUAAAGCUCUAAGCAGACUGGGUCUGGAAGGGUGUUUUGAAGGGAUCAUUUGCUUUGAAACUCUUAACCCCCCUCCUGCUACUGCUACUGCUACUGCUAUAAAUAGGAAGCCAGCACAAAUUUUCGAUAUUAUUGGGCAUUUUUCUCAGCCUAAGGCAGGACCUUGUGGACUGCCAAAGACGCCCAUCGUCUGCAAACCAUCAAUAUCUGCCAUUGAAACAGCUCUAAGAAUUGCCAACAUCGAUCCUGAGAGAACAGUAAUCCAUAUAUUGUCUCAGCUAUUCUUUGAGGACAGCGUCCGAAACAUUCAGUCCGGAAAACACAUAGGACUCGAUACUGUCUUGGUGGGUAAAUCCCAGAGGGUGAAGGGAGCAGAUUAUGCCCUGGAAAGCAUUCACAAUCUCCGGGAAGCAAUACCGGAGCUUUGGGAAGCAGAGACGCAGCAGCAGCAGCAGCAGCAGCAACAGCUUGGUGAAGUUAAUAUUAACUACUCAGGAGGGAUUAUUGUAGUGGAGACUUCUGUCACUGCUUAACUUACUUUUAUAUAUAUAUAUAUAUUCAUGUCGCCAGAGGGCAAUGGCAAUAAGUAUGUAGAAUUCCAGUGUAAUAAUUAAUUCCACGCACCCACCCGUUUCUUCGAAUUAUGUAAAUAAGUUAAAACGGGUGCCUCAAUUAAUAAUCCAUCCACGCAAUCUUGCUUCUUCUUCCUUUUAUAUUAA